AUGGCUGAUGCCAAUGCCAUAGAGGGAGAGAAGUCGAUACCGACCAAGAUUCCUCACUGGAGACAAGUAACUGAUCCAGGCGCCGUCACACCAGAGAUAAUUAAUUAUCCCUACCCCGGAUCCGGGACGGAAGCGGACCCUUAUCUUGUACAAUGGAUUCCAAACGACCCUCGAAACCCGAUGAACUAUUCUGCCGUUAAAAAGUGGUCGAUCACCUUCGUUGUUGCAAUAGCUACGCUUGCCGUUGCCUUGAUAUCGUCUGCAUAUACCGGAGGAGCCAUCGAAAUUGCUCAAGAAUUUCAUGCCGACGCGGAAGUUAUCACAUUGGGUGUCUCCUUAUUCGUCCUUGGUUUUGCAAUCGGCCCGCUGAUAUGGGCUCCUAUGAGCGAAUUAUUUGGCCGCCAGCUGCUAUUCUUCGGCACCUACCUUGCUUUGACAGCCUUUAAUGCUGGGGCAGCUGGUAGCCCUAAUAUGGCAACGUUGCUUGUUCUCCGAUUCUUUGCUGGCUCUUUUGGCUCAUCCCCUUUGACUAAUGCCGGGGGUGUAAUUGCAGAUAUGUUUCCGGCUUCACAUCGUGGCUUGGCCAUGGGGAUAUUCGCCAUAGCCCCUUUUUUGGGCCCAGUACUGGGUCCAGUUAUAGGAGGAUUUCUUGGAGAGUCAGCAGGUUGGAGAUGGGUCGAAGGAUUCCUGGCCAUAUUCUCUGGAGUUGUCUGGAUUAUUGGUUCUAUUUUCCUUCCAGAAACCUAUCCCCCGGUGCUUCUUCGCAAGAGGGCUCAGCGACUGUCUAAACUUACUGGAAAGGUAUACGCGAGCAGAAUGGAUGUUGAACAAGGGAAAUUAUCCAUUGGACAAGCUUUCAAGACUGCACUCAUGCGACCCUGGAUUCUCUUAUUCCGCGAACCUAUCGUUUUGUUGCUGUCAACAUAUAUGGCAAUUGUCUAUGGAACACUUUACAUGCUCUUUUCAGCAUUUCCAGUCGUUUAUCAGCAACAUAGGGGUUGGAGCCCCGGAAUCGGAGGGCUUGCAUUCUUGGGAGUCCUUGGCGGAAUCCUCGCCGCCAUGGUAAUCAACCUUCUAGAUAACAAAAGAUAUGCAAAAGUUUCGAAGGAAUACAAUGGCUUCGCACCUCCUGAAGAACGGCUGCCAGUUGCGAUUAUUGGGGGAAUUGCUAUUCCGAUCGGGCUCUUCUGGUUUGCUUGGACUAAUGGACCUCAGAUACAUUGGAUUGUAUCAAUCAUAGCAUCGGCUCCGUUUGGCUUCGGCAUGGUCCUUGUUUUCUUGUGUCUAAUGAAUUAUCUCAUUGAUGCAUAUACUAUAUAUGCUGCCUCAGUCCUUGCCGCGAAUUCUGUGCUUCGAUCUCUGUUUGGCGCAGCGUUCCCAUUAUUUACCCGAUAUAUGUACCAGAACCUUGGAAUCCACUGGGCCUCAACUAUUCCCGCCUUCCUGGCACUGGCGUGUGUUCCCUUUCCUUUCUUGUUCUACAUAUACGGCGCAAACAUUCGAAAACGCUGCAAAUUUGCUGGAGAGGCGGAUGCAUUUAUGCAAAAACUUAUGCAGGCAAACUCAGCGCACCUUGAGAGUGAUUUAGAGGUAUCGGAGGUAGGCCCUAUACCGAGAAGAAACAGCCUAGAAGCACGAGAGGUGCUGGACAGGAUACAAUCUGCUCGAUCUGGUCUCACGCGUACUCGUACAGCAGCAACCGUCGAGUAUGAAGGGAACCCCUACGAUAUUGACCGUGUAAAUACCGGUCUUUCCCGCGUUAGCACUACAAAUUCCCAGACGCGUUAA